AUGGUAAAAAAUUCAUUUAUCUCGAUUAUUUCACAAGAAAAAGAAAAAAAAGAAGAAAACAGAGGAUCUGUUGAAUUUCAAAUAUUAAAUUUCACCAAUAAGAUACGGAGGCUUACUUCACAUUUGGAAUUGCACAGAAAAGACUAUUUAUCUCAGCGAGGUCUACGGAAAAUUUUGGGAAAACGUCAACGACUAUUGGCUUAUUUGUCAAAGAAAAAUAGAGUCCGUUAUAAACAAUUAAUUAGUCAGUUGGAUAUUCGAGAGGCAAAAACUCGUUAA